AUGAACGGACGCAAUAAUCGUGCUCCAAUUCCUCCAUCAGAUGACACAUCAAGCCCCUACUUCCUCCAUCCGAGUGAUAAUCCAGGUGUGAUCCUUGUUCCACAGUUAUUGAUUGGAUCUAACUAUUCCACAUGGAGUCGUUCCUUCACUACAGCUCUUCUAGCCAAAAACAAAUUGGUUUUCGUUGAUGGAUCUAUAGUUCGACCAAAUGGAGAUGAUUUACUUUAUCAAGCUUGGAUUAGAUGCAAUAGCAUGGUUGUUGCUUGGAUCCGCAACUCAGUUUCACAACAAAUCUGCUCUAGUGUCAUGUUUUUGGAUAAUGCAUAUGAUAUUUGGUCAGAUCUGAAAGAUAGGUUCUCCCUUGGAGAUUCUGCUCGGUUCUAUCAACUAAGGCAACAGUUGAUGACUCUUAAUCAAGGAAGCUUGGAUGUUAAUGGCUACUUUACAAAUCUGAGAUCAGUUUGGGAUGAAUUUAAGAGUACUCAGCCUAUUUCCUGGUGCAAUUGUAAUCGGUGCACCUGUAAUAGCUCAAGCAGAUGGCAUCAGCACCAGGAAAAUGAAUGCACAAUGCAGUUUUUGAUCGGCUUGAAUCCUAGUUUCUCACAGAUCAGAUCCAACAUUCUGGCGAUUACUCCUUUGCCUUCACUCUCUAAGGUGUUCUCCUUAGUAAUUCAGGAAGAGAGACAACGACGCAUUGAUGGAAAAGCUAUAUCAUCAUCAUAUUCAUCAGUCUCUACUCCAAUCUCAAGUGAACAACCAUUUGCUAAUGCUACCUCAAACUUUGGCAGAGGAUUCAACAAGUUUUUAUGCACUCAUUGUGGUAAAACUAAUCAUAAUGUUGAUAAAUGUUUCUUCCUCCAUGGUUUUCCUCCAGGAUAUGGAAGAGACAAGCCUAAACCAACUGGAUUCGGUCAAUCCACUCCAUAUAAACAGAAAUCUGUCAAUUUUGUUGAAGAAAAUUCAGACUCAUCCAGUUGGAAGGGAUCUCAAUCUGGAUCUCAGCUUCUUCCUGCAAAUCUACCAAGUCUAGAUCAAUAUCAGCAGCUUGUGAAUCUCUUGCAAAGUCAGUUCCACACUCAAUCCUCUCUCACUUCCUCUGAUUCUGCUCAAACUUCACAGAUAAAUUCACAAUCUCAGACUGCACCUUUCUCUGGUACGGAAGCUACACGGGGGAUCAUGAUUGGGAAGGGUAAACGUGUUGGAAACCUCUACAUUCUUGACUUACCUCAAUCAUCAACCAGUAUUUCAAGUACUUCUCAGAAUUCCACACAUAUUGAUGUUUCUGAUCCAACUAUUUCUGUAAACUCUGUUGUUAGUUUGGAUCUAAACAAAGAAAACCAGUUUUUCCUGACUCCACAAACAGAUCCUCAGCCAUCUUUGAUUUGA